GCGUCAUUUUCGCGCGACAAACAGUGUAGUGCCCCUCACAUGUCUGAGCCUCUUGAUAUUAUUAUUAAAAUGUCAUUUGUAGUUUUUGAUUUGUAGUUUUUUGUCCACGGAAUGCUCGGGUGGUCCGUGAACGCCUCAUCGGGAUGGCCCUGCAGGAGCUCGUAGCCGCCGCUGCAGCUCUGCACCCGGGCAGAGCCGCUGUGACUUACGACGGCGGCUCCGUGCAGAGGAGCCCGGUGUCUCUGCGGUACGCAGAGCUGGCUGAACUGUCCGGGGAACUGUCUCGUAUCCUGCGGAAGACCUGCUCUCCUCAUACCGGUGUGAUCGGACUGUGCUGCUCUGAUGAUUUGUUCAUACCGGUCUGGAUCCUGGGGAUCCUGCAGUCACCUGCCGCUUACGUCCCACUGGACCCAGAAGCUCCAGGACUGCUCUCUGCCAGGGUGAUGAACCGGUGUGACCUCCAGUACUGUGCUGUGAAGACGGACAUCCUGCAGCGAUUCCAGGCCGCUCUCGUCGACCACAUGUCUGUGGACGUUCGUGCCGUGUUGCCCAAGUUCAAACUGACCCUGAUAGAAGUCAGGCUGCUGCCGUCAGAGCACAAACGUGAACAAACCGGAGCUCAGACAGCAGAGGGUGCUGGUCUCCAUGAUGCUGCUGGAUGCACAGACUUGGCGUAUGUGCUGCACACAUCUGGAACAACCGGCCUUCCAAAGAUUGUGAGGGUGCCACACAGGUGUAUACUCCCCAACAUACUCCAUCUGAGAUCUUUGUUUCAGAUGAGCGCAGACGAUGUGGUUUUCCUCGCCUCGCCUUUAACCUUCGACCCCUCUGUGGUGGAUAUCUUCCUGGCCUUAUCGUCGGGGGCUCAGCUCCUCAUUAUCCCAACUGUGAUCAAGAAGAUGCCCGGUCGACUGGCUCAUCUUCUGUUCAAGGCCCACAAGACGACCGUCCUACAGGUCACGCCGACUCUGCUCGUCCGCUUUGGGCACCGCGUCCUCAAACAGGAGGUGUUCUCGUCUGGCUCCUCGCUGCGGGUGUUGGCUCUCGGUGGAGAGGCCUGUCCCUCUCCGGCUCUGCUACGGAGCUGGAGGCACGAGGACAACAAAACCAACAUCUACAAUAUCUACGGUAUAACCGAAGUUUCCUGCUGGGCCUGCUGCUACAAAAUCCCAGAAUCUGUCCUGCAGCCGAGCGAUCACGAGUCCUUUGUGCCUCUUGGGACUCCUCUGAUGGACACUACGGUGGAAGUAAGAGAUGAACAUGGCUGCAUUGUUACAGAGGGUGAAGGACAGGUGUUCAUAGGAGGAGAAGACAGAGUGUGUCUCCUGGACGACGAGGACACCGUUAUCCCCGGGACAAUGAGAGCUACCGGAGACUGGGUGAACGUUAAAGGCGAGCAGCUGUGCUACCUGGGACGGAAAGACCGGCUCAUUAAACGCCACGGCAAACGAGUGAACCUGGACAGCUUGCAGCAACUCAUACUGAGUCUGCCUCAGGUGGAGGCCUGCGCCGUGGCUCCGUACGAAGGCUCACGACUGCUCGCCUUUGUUGUGGCUUCCACAUCUGGAGACCAGAGAGCAGCCUCUCCUCUCACAUCUGUUCAGAAGCAGGCGGAACAAACGCCCUCGGCCUCGGCCGAGCACCGGGACGACCCCCACCCUGCUGUGAGUCACCACCAGGAGGAGGCGGGCGGCGCAGAUGGAGAUCUGAGGAAACUCAUCCUGAGCCAGCUGUCUCGGCUGCUGCCGUCUUACAGCGUUCCUGACACGCUGGUGCUCGUCCCGGCCUUAUGCCUGACUUCUCAUGGAAAAGUGGACAUGAAGGCACUCAUAGAAAUAUACCAAAGACAGAGACGAUGUUUAGAGUCUGAUUCUUCACGGGGAGACGUCGCUGAACUGAAGCAAACUCUUCAGUCCUUGUGGAAGGAAACUCUAGGUCUUCCCGAAGAUGCGACCAUUGACGAGGAAUCCAGCUUCCUGUUGAGUGGAGGAGAUUCCCUGAAGGCGCUGCACCUCUGUGAAGACAUCCUCAGCGCCGUGGGAGCGACCUCACCAGAGCUUUUGGAGGUUAUACUUGACGGCACCUUCUCUGACAUUCUGGGCCAUGUAACGAGAAUAACACUGAUGCUGCCACCGCUUGAGAAGAGUCAGGCCAAGAAACGCCACGCCGAUGCUCCGUCUGCGGCACCGGCGAAGGCGGAGCGUAAAGAGUCCUCAGCAGCAGACGAGACACGAGCUGUUACAGUUAUAAGACGAGCAGGUGAGGUGAUAGGAAUGAAAGUCAGAGAGACAAACAUCCGAGCUGAUGCACUCGGCGAGAAGGAGUCGAGUAAAAAACGUAGAGAUGAUGCUCUGGGCCUCAGUCUGAGCUGGUCCUCAGACACAGGCAGAUGUGUGGACGCCUCCCCGGUGCUUCUAGUCCGAGACAGAACAGACGAGGGUGAAACAACAACCGUGUUCAUCGGCUCCCACUCUCACAGGAUCCAGGCUUUAGACCUGAUCACCGGCGGCCUCCUGUGGGAGCGAGUUCUCGGGGACAGGAUCGAAGCGUCGGCUGCAGUGUCUCACUGCGGGAGCCUCGUGGUCGUAGGUUGCUACGACGGCUGUGUGUAUUUCUUGUGCGCAUCGUCUGGAAAGACGCGGUGGAUGUUUGAGACAGGAGACGCCGUGAAGAGCUGUCCUGCUGUGGAUCCCUUCACAGGUCUGGUGAUAGUGGGUUCACAUGAUGGGCAUGUUUACGCCCUGAACCCAAAGGUUCAGCAGUGUGUUUGGAGGCGUCACUGCGGAGGUGGAGCUGUGUUCUCCUCCCCCUGCCUCCACCCGUCUCUCAGGCAGCUGUAUGUAGCUUCACUGGGAGGUCACCUACUCUGUCUCAACCCUGACAGCGGGGAUGUCUUGUGGUCGUACCGUAGAGACGUCCCGUUCUUCUCGUCCCCAAACGUCUCCUCUGGUCGGGCGGUGAUCGGCUCAGUGGACGGAAACAUCUGCUGCUUCAGUGACACGGGGGAACUGGUUUGGCAGUUUCUAACAAAAGGACCCGUCUUCUCGUCUCCGUGUCUCACGCCGGAUCAUCAGAGGGUUUUAUGUGGAUCACACGACGGCUGCCUGUACUGUCUGGACGGUGCCAGUGGCUCUUUAAUCUGGACCUUCCAGACCACGGGGAAGGUGUACUCCAGUCCGUUUGUGUUUGACGGCUCCGUUGUGGGCAGGAGGCGGACUCCUCUGGUGGCGGCGGCCUCCACUGACGGCACAGCUUGGAUCCUGGAUGCAGGAGACGGACAAACGCUGGCCUCGUUCACUCUACCCGGGGAGCUGUUUUCAUCCCCGGUGGUGUGGGGACGCUCCCUCGUAGUCGGGUGCCGCAAUGACUUUGUGUAUUGUUUAAAGCUGACAGUGAAAGAUGAAACGUAAGAAGGACGAACUGUAUUUUUUUGUGCAUAUUUUAUAUAAUGACGGCUUUUCUAUCUGUGUCAGAGCUGAGCUCUGGGACAUAAACUUUAAUUAAAAAGUUCAGGGAAAUAAUGAGUCUGCGGCGUUUCAGUUCAGACAUCAGUAUUUAAUUUACAUUAUUCAUAACAUUUCGUAUCUCUUUAAGAAUUUUCUCAUGGAUAUCUCUAAGUGGGACAAAAAAAGUGCAAAUAAUACCAAACAUUUUUUUUCUUGUUACAUAUAACACUGCGUACACUACACUAUUGUGCACGACCGACGUUAGAAACAAAAUGACAAAGUGACUCUUUCCGAUCGAAGCUCUGCUGACGCCUUUGACUUCCGUACAGUACUUUACAUACAUACAGAUCAUUAAGUGAGUGGCAGGAAAUGAGAAAUGCUGGAGGUUGUUUUUUUUGUUGUUUUUUUUUUCAUAGAGGAAACUCUUACAUUAUUAUGUAAGAUCAUAUCACAUUUUACAAAGGAAGGAGAAGGUGAUGGCGUUAAACUUUACAAACACACAAGUGUGUUACGGGGAGGACGGCUACAAAAAAAAAAAAAUUAUGUUACAGCAAGCAGGUGUUGUGUGUGUGUGUGUGUGUCUCCAUUAGCAAAGCAACAACAACAACAACAACAACAAAAAAAGUCCAAAUAACAUCAUCACACAGCUGUGAGGAUAAUGUGCAGUUCACUGUAAAUGCCCAGUAACACUUGUGGUCGUUCAGUGCUGUGUUUAGGUGCACCCACCAUGUGAUUAUGACGGAUUCUGUUUACUUUGUCAUGGCGAUUAUUGUACAAUAGCCUCUUUGACAGCUAUCACAGUCAUCACGGACACAGUGAGAAUUGUUAAGAGCUAAAGAGUAUGUGUUUUUUUUAAAAAGGAGAAAAAAAAGGCUUUUUGUACAUGACAAACAAGGCUCAGAGAGGAGAUACAGUAUCGCUCCAACAUAGAUAAAUCUGCCACUUUUACAUAAAUAAUACCAACGAGAUGCCUGUAACACUUCCAUCAGCCGUCCGGGAGCAGAAUCAACAGGUCGAGUUAUUGUUACUGGUAGCCCUUUAAACACAGACAGUUACCCUCUGUUGAUUAAACGCUGUCGCACGUCAGAGCUUCACCUCUCCGAUACAGAAGUGCUUGAGUGAUUUAUUUACAACCAUGGUGACACAGUUGGCUACAAAAUAAAAAAAAA